AUGAAAUGGAUUUCGGGAGAUGGUGAAGGAGAAGAUGAAAUUCACACGAUUGUGUUUAAGAAAUCAGUGGAGGAGAUCACAUACUCUGCUUUGGUUGAGCGUAUUUGCAGAAAGAUAAAGGUAGAUGGAUAUAAGGUGGAAACGAAGAUUAGUUACUUUCCAAUGGUCUUGUAUUCAAACAAGCUAUCAUAUGUCUGGAAUGAUGAAGAUGUUUUUGGUUAUCUACUGCAAGUAAAUCAUGAGAAGUGUAGAAGUGUUCUACAUGUGGAGUUCAACAAAACGGUUCAAGAAGAGGAUGAUGAAGCUGAUGUCUAUGUCGGUCUAUCCGAUAGAGAGGCUACUGAUGGAGAGGCUACUGAUACAUGGGCUACUGAUAGAGAGGCUUGUGAAGCAGAUGGUGUGCUCACACUUUACGAUGACAUUGAAAUUCAUGGUAAUGUCACCGAAAGAGAUGCGAUUGUGAUUGAAGAUACAGAAGCAAGACCAUCAGUUGAAGUAACCCCAGCUGUCAAGGAACGGGAUGAUGGUAUGGAUUUGGCUGUAGGUCAAGAAUUUAGAACCAAGGAGGAAGCACAAGUUCAUAUUCAGACGGCUUCACAUCUGAAGUGUUUUGAGUAUGAUGUAAUUAAGUCGGACACUAAGAGAUAUGUGAUAAAAUGCCGAGCAGCCAAAGAAGGCUGCAAGUGGUAUGUGCGUGUUGCAAAGUUGAUGAAUUCAGAUAGUUGGACGAAGGGAGGCACACCAGGAAUCGUUGCAGCUGUUUUGGCUCAAGAUUAUCCCGGUAGUUUAGACACACCAGCUCCCAACGCCUUGAUCCAGCUGGUUCAUCACAGGGUGGCUGUGAAAGUAUCAUACACAACGUCAUGGAGAGGAAAAAGAUUAGCUGCUAAUAAAGUGCGAGGAAGUCCAGAAGAGAGUUAUACUUUAUUAAAUUCUUAUAUGCACAUGCUAAAGCAGUCGAAUCCUGGCACAGUAGCUCGAGUGGUUGUGGAUGAGGCCCAAAAGUUUAAAUAUCUGUUUUUUGCUUUGGGAGCUAGCAUAGAAGGGUUUACCGCUAUGAGGAAAGUCCUCAUUGUCGAUGCAACACACCUGAAGAAUGUUUAUGGUGGAGUUCUAUUUGUUGCGACUGCUCAAGAUCCCGAUCAUCACCACUAUCCAAUUGCGUUUGGUAUUGCAGAUGGUGAGAAAGAGCAUAGUUGGGUGUGGUUUAUGGAACAGUUGAAAUCAGUGAUAUCUGAUGUUCCUGGAUUGGUGUUUCUUUCAGAUAGAAACAAAAGCUUGAUCAAGGCAGUAAGUCUAGUGUUCCCUCAGGCCGCUCAUGGUUAUUGUAUAUGGCAUUUGGCUCAGAAUGUUAAAGUACAUGUCCGUAACAACAGAGAAACUUGCACGUUUAAGUUUAUGGGCUGCGCACACGCUUAUACAGAGGCUGAGUUCUUGAACCUUUAUAAUGCUUUUCGCAUGAGGUAUCCUAGCGCAGCGGAGUAUCUUGACAAAAGUGUUGAAGAGAGGAAAUGGGCGAGAUGUUACUUUGAAGGAGAUAGGUACAAUGUUGACACCACCAAUUCAGUGGAAUCUUUUAAUGGUGUUAUUAGUGACGCGAGAAAGUUAAACAUACUACCAAUGUGUGAUUUCAUCAUUGGGAAAAUGGCUGAAUGGUUCAACAUACAUAGGAAGGAGGCAGCUGAAAUACCACCCGCACUAAAGCUUGUUCCUAUUGUGGAAGCGGAAAUGUCUAAAAGAUGUGUUGAUGCAGGGUUUCUUUCCGUUGUCGAGUUAAACAGCUUCCAUCUUGAGUACAGUGUCUCAGGAAGUGACGGGAAGCAUUAUACCGUUGAUAUGGCUAUGAUGACUUGUAGCUGUGAGCAAUUUGAUAAAGACAAAUACCCAUGUGUCCAUGCAGUAGCUGCUGCCACAUUCAUGACUGAUAAAGCGGGAAAGGAACUUCAUCUAUCUGAGUAUUGUUCUAAGUACUAUUUAGUGGAGCAAUGGGCUUUGGCUUAUCACAGGACAAUAUAUCAUGUUCCUCAUAUGUCUGAUUGGAUUAUACCUGAAGAAGUUAAAGCAAUGAAAGUGCUUCCUCCAGAUUAUGAAGUCAAAAAAGGAAAACCGCAGCAAACUCGAUUUCCAUCGGCAGGAGAAUCUCGUGGAAGAGGAAAAAGAGGCAAAGGGAGAGCCAGCGGCACAGGUAGAGCCAGCGGCACAGGCACCGCUAACGGCACAGGCACCGCUAACGGCACAGGCAGUACCAGUGGCGCUGGCAGUUCCAGCAGCACAGGCAGAGCGAGAGGAGGAGGUAUGGGAGCGUAUUUUGAAUGUGGAAUUGGUGCAGGUCCAGGUGUUUGA